UAAUGACAGAAUUGGCAAUUGAGACAAACGACCUGUCAGGCUGAAAGAGCAAUAUUGGCUAUGAGUAUUUCAUUUCUGAAGUCUUGAGCUUAAUAAACGUUGUAGAUGGCCUUCAUCUCUGUAUAUGUUCUGCUUGAAAUGGGCUAAAGCUAGCAACUGGACAUGCUCACUGACAAAUUCACAAGAUUGUGGAAGGGAUCAUGAAAAUGUCCCUCCAGAUAGUCGAGCUCGGGUGCAUGAUGGCUCUGAAGUCUACAUUGAAGAACCUGAUCAGGCUCCCAAAAGACUUAGAACAGAGAAGAGUUAGUGAAUCAGAAUGGUCUACCUCCUUUUCUCAUUAUUCUUUUUUUUUUUUAAUGUAAUGUUAGGUAUGGAAGCAGGAGGUAAGAUCUAUCAAUUCUCUACCGUGGUAUGAGAACAGCUAGGUUCAGGUUAAUUGUAUAUGGUGGUGCUCUCUGGUUUGAGUAGUUACGUGGAAAUGCAUAGAAAAGUUCUAUUACAUGUGUUGAUUUGUUCGAAUCUCCUAAGCCUGAUUCAGGCUUCCGUGGGCAUAUAACGAGAAUUCACAUAGCGACAUCCGGUGGCAUUUCCUAAUUCUUCUUCAGGUUUCAAGCCCGCUUAAUCACCAUUUCUUUCCUCUUCCCGUGCUGCUGUAGUGCAAUUUGCUUUGGAAUGUCUUUUGAAGAUCCUGCCGAUUUCCAAAUAUCAUUUCUAUACCAUUUCUUUACCAGACUCUUAUAUUUUGUUUGCCUUCCAAGUUCUUAAUUUAAUUUUUGUCAGCUUUUUGGACGGUUCUUUUACGAACUCGGCUGAACUUCUCUACUCUCUGAACUUUUUUGAGUCCAAAGUCCAAACACCUGGGAGUCCUGUGUGUGAGGACCUGAUUUUCACCAACUUUUUUAGAGAUGAGAUGCAUUGCUUCUUCCCUUGAAACGAAUCCUGCAGCUUCUUCAAAGCCUCAAGCAAAGCACAAUGUUUUCUUCUUUCCUUUUUGUGAGAUGUUGCUCUCUUCUCACCAAGAAAAGCUUCCAAUGUCACGGAUUGCUUCGCUCCUUUAUUCAAUCUUCUCAGUUAUAACCCGGGACGCACCCCCAAUCUUCUUCCUCCAUCCAGCAACUUCUAACCACAAAUGCAUCCCUCAACCAUCGACGAUGCUGCCCUCAUCGAUGUAGAGGCUCCUAACCACGACCAUGAAUCCUCCCCUACACGGUUCCAUGAGCCGAGCCCACUUGCAUCUGUCCCGUUGCUUCUCCGACCAUCCUAUGCCAGGUCGAGAGUGCCCAUCUCUGAUGAUCUCCGCCACUUGCGGAUCAGCCUCAAGUGGUGCGCGCUCGAUCAGUCCUCCUGUUUUGGCAAGUUCAUCUCCAUUUUCACGUUCAUACUCUUCACCGUCGUCAUUCCAAUAGUGAGCUCCCUCGCCGUGAAAGUACCACCGACAGCUCCGGUUGAAAACCCGAUAUCUUUCAACCUGCUCGUCCAGUUCCCGGAGUCGGGCUUAGCUGCAAUUGGCUUCUUCACACUAUGCAGGUUCUUCAACAAGUACGGGCUGCGGCAGCUCCUCUUCCUCGAUGCGCUUGAGCAUGACUCUGCCCUUGUGCGUCGUAACUACGCCCGCGAGCGCGACAAGUCGUUCCGCUACCUGUCCUACAUCCUCCUCCCUUCCUUCCUCGUCGAACUCGCCCACAAGGUCGUAUUCUUCUCAACCGUCUCCGUGUCCUUCUCCCUCCCCUUUCCCUUCCCAUCGAACGCCAUCCUCUUCGUCCUCGUCCUGGCCUCCUGGAUCUACCGAACUGGCAUCUUCCUCCUCGUCUGCGUCCUCUUCCGGCUGACCUGCGAGCUCCAGAUCCUGAGGCUCGGCGGCCUCCACGGGAUGCUCGAGGGCUGUGGGUCCAACCCGAGCGCCAUAUUCGACGAGCACGUCAGGAUCAGGAAGCAGCUGUCCACAACGAGCCACCGGUAUCGGUUCUUUAUCAUCAGUUGCCUCGUGACGAUGACAGUGAGCCAGUUUGCAGCGCUGCUGAUCGUCCUGGCAUCGAAAACCGAGAAGAAUUUCUUCAAUUCCGGAGACCUCGUGGUGUGUACCGUUGUUGAGCUGAGUGGUCUGUUCUUGUGCCUGGUGGGUGCUGCAAGAAUCACCCACAGAGCUCAAGGGAUCGCCUCUGUGGCCACUAGAUGGCACAUGCUCGUGACUUCUGCUUCUGGUUUGAACCGCCCGAAACCCGAAACUGCGGAACACGACAGUUCACACAGCGACACCGACUCAGAUCUCGUUAUCCCUGUCUCCACCUCCUCGGAUUCUGGCUCAUUCCAAAUCCGACAAGCAUUAGUGGCCUACUUGGAGCGGAAUAACGGCGGGAUAACGCUCUACGGGUUCCCGCUGGACCGGGGGCUGCUGCACACGAUCUUCGCGUUCGAGUUCUCGCUCGUGCUGUGGAUUCUGAGCAAGGUGGUGGUCCUGUCUUGAUCCACAAGAUGAUGAAAGUUUUUCCCGGACUUUUUUCCCUUAAGCUUGAUAAAUUAUCAACAUGAAUCAAUUCUCACUAGCCAUUCAAUCAUAUAAAAUUUUUCCCUGGUCCCUAGCUCAUCAGGUUUCAAAUGUAUGACACAACAGAACUGAAACUAGCAAAGCCGAGACUUUUGAGUCCCACAUGGCACCUCGGAAGGUAUGAGGAAUCAAUCAGACGAGACAAAACGGGGGCGAACUCCCGCUUGAAACUCAUACCUUUCUCGGCCUUUUGGCUAAGAUCAUGUGUAGUAUCUAUUCUUAUCAGU